AUGCCUUCUAUGAUUGUUUCGCGACCAUCCUCUCGUUGGACCAUUGUCCUUACACUCGUUGUGUUCAUUUUCGGCGUUGGCUUCCUGACAUACCACACUGCCCCCACACCCAGCUUUCUGCGACCUGCGAAAGUCGAGCAAUGCAGCAAUGAGCCCUUGGUUAGCCCGAUCACAACCCAAGCGCCUGUCAAUGGCACUCCAAGGAAUGCCAUCAUUGGAUCUGUGCAGAAGUCCAACGAGUCCAAAUGCGACUGGAUACUCGACGAAUUACCUGAAUGGGAGCCUGUGGUCUAUGUGACGGACAGAUCACCUUCGGAAGCACCAACAUACCCGAGCUCUCGAAUAACUCCCAAGCACAUAUCCGUAAACCAGGGUCGAGAGGCAGCAGUCUACUUGACCUACAUCCUGGACAACUACUACAACCUACCAGACUACAUGAUCUUCAUUCACGGCAAGAGAUACCAAAUCCACAAUGACGACCCUAUGUUCGACAGCGUCCCCACCAUCGCCAAUCUGAAACUCGACUUCGUCAAGGAGAAUGGCUACACGAACCUAAAAUGCAACUUGGUCUUCUGUCCCAACCCAUGGGUAAAACCCGAGCUCAACCACACCGACGGACCAUGGGAAACAACCAGCUUGUACGCGCGGGCAUGGAAAGAGUUCUGGCCCGACACGCCCUUACCCGAGGGUGUUACUGGGCCCGACGCUGCACAAUUCGCCAUCACGCGCGAAGCGAUCCUUCAGAACUCCUGGGCCGAGUACGACCGCAUGCGUCGCUGGGCCUGGCGAUAUGAGCCGCAUAUCCUCACGAGCGAAAAUACUGGAUUGGUAUUUGAGUAUAUGUGGCAUAUCAUGUUUGGCAAGGAGCCGAUGUACUGUCCGGAUACAAAGGAGUGCUAUUGUAAAAAAUGGGGGAUGUGUGAUCUGGAGUGCGAAAGGCCGGAGUGGUGUUUGGGAAGGAAUUGGUUCAAUCCGGAGAAGCCGAGAUAUGUUGGGCUGGUUCCGACUCUGCCGGAUAAUUGGCCAGAGGAAGGCAUGAGCGAGAACGACGAAGGGCUUCUUCCUUAUCCUGGCUGGUGGAUGGAUAAAAGUGUCUGGAAGAACCAUUAG